UUGCCAAAAAACACUUUAAAGGCAAUGUAUGGACUUGAAAAUAGAUAGAUUUGAUAGCCAGAAAUUUGGAGAAAAUGAAGAAAUUAUGAUAUAGAGAAUGGUUUGAGAAAGGAGGUUUCCAAAACAUAUGUAAUGAUAUUUGGUUCUGGUGUAUUUGUGGUGAAUUUGGUAUUUUUGGAGUGUUUAAUGACAUUUGUUGAUGUUUAAGGGAAAUUUCCAGAGUAGUUUAAUUAGUUUUAAGGGUGUCUUAAAUUUGAAAUUUUGGUGGAGGUGCUGAGCUGUAUCAGACCUGUGUUAUGUGUUAUUUUGUUUUCUAAUUAUUAAUGGAGUGGUGGUAUUACCUUUGAGGAGAUAUAUAAAUGGAAUUUUUUGAUGCAAAGAGAAGUCUGGUUUCUAAGCUAAAUCUAGCAUUAGGAGAUCUCAUUUUCGAUAAUAUUAAUUAUGGUUAGUAGCCUAGAAUGAGUGCAUAAUAGUUUACCCCGUUUUAAAGCUCUGAUACAAUUUUUAAGAAUUCAGGUGUCUCUUUCAAUACAUUGAGACAAGUUGGUCUCAACAUUUAGGUGCUACAAGAGGGCAUGAAACAGCAACUAAGUGCUUCUAAUUAUUUGUGGGUAUUAAAUAAUCAUAAGCUCAAAGUCAAAAGUAUGCAGAAAAUGCUAUUUUCAUCUAUUGUACUCCUAAUGAAAAGUGUUAGUAUAUUUAGAAUCAGAUUUGCCUAAAUUUUAGCUUAAGCCUCGCAAGAAAUACAAUUAUUUAGUCGAUUUUUUUAUAUAUUUUUUAAUUAAGAGCAUUCCUUCGAAUUCGUGGAUUUGAAUCUCUUAAGUUCAAGAACUAGAUGUCACUACUCAUAAAGACAUAUAUGACAUAUGCAGAUGCACUACUUCUUUUCUCUCCUCGUAAUUAUUUGAGCAUAGAUUCGAGAUAUAAACCAAAAGGAGCAAAAUGUGGCAGGAUGAUCACGGUUUAAUUUAUUAAUUUUCAGAUUUUUCUAAUUUUAUACUCACAAAAGAGAUUGGCAAGGAUUAGGUUUUAUCCGAUAUUCCUCUAGCUUACAUACUCAAUAUAUUUAUUAAUUUAAUAUUU